UUAUCUCAUAUAUAAAGCCUCGGAAUCGAUCCAUGAUGCAAUCUGUGCGCGUGCUCGUCUCCUCCAUCUUGUUUGUUCUAGUGUCGUCUGGCGUUACACGUUAUCAAGGCAUGGCUUCUUGUCCUCUAAAAGCGGUUUGCGUGUUAGUAGGAGAAAGUGUAAGCGGUACUGUUCAUUUUUCUCAACUGAAACCAAAUUGUCCUGUUACUGUUGAAGGAGAAGUUAGAGGAUUGAAACCUGGACUACAUGGUUUUCAUGUUCAUGAGUUUGGUGAUAAUACUAAUGGCUGUACAAGUGCUGGAGCACAUUUCAAUCCCCAUGGAAAGACCCAUGGUUCACCAUGUGAUGAAGAAAGACAUGUUGGAGAUUUAGGAAAUGUAGAGGCUGGUCCUGAUGGAGUAGCAAAAGUAAACAUUUCUGAUAGCUUGAUUACUCUCUAUGGACCCCUUUCUAUUCUUGGUCGCAGCAUGGUGGUCCAUGCUGAUCCUGAUGAUUUAGGUAAAGGUGGACAUGAAUUGAGUAAAACAACUGGUAAUGCAGGAGGAAGACUUGCCUGUGGUGUUAUUGGUAUCACAAAAUAAGCAUAUGCAAUAUUCCAGUGUUAGCAUUCCUUUAUUUUUGAUCAAAUGUUAUAUUUUGGAUUGAAAUAUUUGCUAGAAUUUAAGAUGUAAUAAAUUAAUGAAUCAAAACUA